AUGGGCGACAAUGAUUUGCACAACUGCUCACAAGAUGCUCAAAACACCGCCCUGAAGGGACUUCCCUUUGGAGGGGUACCUGUAGUCCUCCUUCUGAACUUCAGUGCAGUUUUGGUGCUGCUACUGCUCUUCUUGGUCAUGAGGAAGAAGUCUCCCAGAAAACAGGUGCUGCUACUGCUCUUCUUGGUCAUGAGGAAGAAGUCUCCCAGAAAACAGGCCGACAUAUAUGGGAAUGUGUGGGGGGGAACCAGCAGAAUCGAUACCCCUGUCUGUGUUUGUGCUAUGGCAACACUGAGGACUGACAGCUCUGUUCUCUUCAGGAUUCUGAAGGUCUUUAACCCUGUGGGCUGCAGAUCUGAGAGUCCCUGGGAGCCAGACCCACCCAACAAGAACCUCCACGUGAGAAAAUGGAAUAUCACACAGGCAGCUCACCCCGACAAUGUUUACUGGGAUAAUAUGUCAGUUCAGGGUUUCCAUUGGUGGCUGAGAUAUCUCAUCCACUUUGUGAUCUUCAUCAUGCUCCUCCUCUUCACUACCCCCUCCAUCUUCAUCAGCGCCAUGGCCAAGCUGAACGUCACCAUUCCCUUCUCCUAUCUCAUUUCUCCAACUGUCAAGCAGUUCUUUCCAACUCUGCUACUGUGGAUGUUCUCCACUCUACUGCCUCUGAUAGUCUACUAUUCUACUAUAAAAGAGGCCCACUACACCAGAUCCGAUGAGAAUAAGAGUAUGAUUUACAAACUCUACAUCUUCCUGCUUUUGAUGGUGUUGAUACUGCCCUCUCUUGGCAUCACAAGUCUGGAUGUAGUCCAUUUGCUGUUUGAUGGCUCAUUUAAAGGCAGGAUCAAGCUAGAGUGUGUUUUCCUGCCGGAUCAGGGUGCUUUCUUUGUGAACUACGUCAUUACAUCAGCUCUAAGUGGUGCAGCAAUGGAACUCCUCUGGCUUCCACUGAUGGACAAGCCAUGUGGAUGUUUCAUGAAUGUACUAAUGUCUGUAUGUACUGUACAUGUGUGUUUCCAGAAAUAUCAGGAAUACAGGUUUCCAUACGGCGCCAUGUAUGCCUGGAAUCUGUGUGUGUUCACUGUGAUCAUGGCCUACAGUAUCACCUGCCCUGUCAUUGUACCUGUUGGUCUUGUGUAUCUUAUUCUGAAGCACCUGGUGGACAAACACAACCUGCGCUAUGCCCGUAAGAAUCCCUACCCAGAUAGGCAGGUGCACCUUGAAGCUGUCAAUCUCGCCAUGGUUGCACCGAUCAUCUGCCUGAUAUGGUUGUACGCAUUCUCUGCACUUCUUGAAGGUUUCAUGGCAAUGACAACUCUCUUCACCCUGGCGGUACUCAGCAUCACCAUCACCAUCUGCUUCACCCUCAUCUGCUUCGGCUUCUUUAAGCAACUCAGCCCCCAAAGCUGCUGGGUGAGUAUGAAGGAACAGGAAGCAGUAGCUCAGGAGGUGUACAUUUUCCCUGGGAAAGACUCAGCAGACAACCAGACUUCUGGCACAGACGGAGGCCCCUGGUGGAAGUGCAUGUGUGACUGCAUGCAAGAACCCAAAACUAACGACCAGUAUGACAACCAGCAGGGUACCCCCCUCAGAAUUGUAACAGAUUAA